UGCUAAAAUGUUACUUUUUCACAAUCAUUUUAUGAUGGCCCCUUGCUUACUGUUCUGUUAUUUAAAGCCAACUAGCUGCCGUUAUUGACAUUAUCAUUCUCAGCAGACUGGGUAACUUGCAUAUUAUCUACUUACCAGACGUUAAUUAAAGUGAGACUGGAUUUAUGAGACAACGGUUUGUAAUUGUUUUUAUCACCAUUUAACUUUUUUACUUCUACAUUGUUUUUUCAUGGCCUGCUUCAUAAUGCUCACUUUUGGUUAUGGGCUAAUCAGGGUACUUUAUAUAGGCUAGUGCUUGUGUUAACAUUCAAAAAUGAUUGACUGAUCUUUGACCUUAGCGGGAGGGCUAUAUUUGCCUGCUACAUUUUUCUGAGUGAAAGGGGGAAAGACAGGGUGUCGCUCUCCACUAUAGCUAACCUUGGACCAAUUGACCAGGGUUGCUAUCUGGAAACAGAUUGAACAAAUUGGCCUUAAAAGCACUUUCAGGGGAGAUGCCAUUUACAAUUAUUUUAUUUACUUGAGUAGGUUUGAAUCUGGGUCCCCCUUGAAGGUUGUAGCUGUUUGUCCAAUAUUUGAUGUGGAGGUUUGUUAUUGUAACAUCCACACUGUGAAUACAGUGCAAGAUCCUGUUCAAAUAUUAGUUUUUCUAUUUGGUCAAUGGGCGGUGUGUAUGUCCAUCUGUUCCAAGUUAAGUGUAGGUCUGUGGCUCACUCCAGAAGUAUAGAUUGCCCAGAUGAAUCGGCCAUCUGGAUUCACAAGCCUGAAUUGGUGUCUGACUACCAUUAAGACCUGAAACGAGACGUGGCUGGCCCUGCUGCUGUUGGCGCUGUUAUCUGGAGGGGUCCAGCCCUUCUACGUGCCCGGAGUUGCUCCAAUGAACUUCCAACAGGACAGCCCCGUAGAGAUUAAGGCAGUGAAGCUCACGAGCUCCCGGACACAGCUCCCUUAUGAGUACUACUCCAUGCCCUUCUGUCGUCCUGCCGAGGUGGUCUACAAAGCUGAGAACCUGGGGGAGGUGCUGCGUGGGGAUCGUAUCGUGAACACCCCCUACACGGUACUCAUGACCCAGGACAAGAAAUGUGAAACGGUCUGUGCCAAGAAGACCCUCACGGUGGAGCAGAGUAAGCUGGUGGCCGAGCGCAUCCAGGAGGAGUACUAUGUUCACCUCAUUGCGGACAACCUCCCUGUGGCCACGCGGCUGGAGUUCUACCCCAACAGGGAGAUGGGCGCUGAGGAGGAGAAGAAGGACAUGGUGAAGGAUGUUCAGUUUGAACACGGCUACAGACUGGGAUUCACUGACAACGCCAAGUUCUACCUCCACAACCACUUGUCCUUCAUCAUCUACUACCACAAGGAGAAGCUAGAGGAGGAGCAGGUUCAUAACUACCGGGUGGUGCGCUUCGAGGUGGUACCUCAGAGUGUCAAGGUGGAGGACCUGAAGGCUGACGAUAAAGGGGCAUGUAUCCUGCCUGAGGCCAGUGGGUCAGCACCACAGGAGAUCGACCCCUCCAAGGAGAACCAGGUUCUUUUCUCCUACUCCGUCCACUGGGAGGAGAGCCAGGUGAAGUGGGCUUCCCGCUGGGACACCUACCUGACGAUGAGCGACGUGCAGAUCCACUGGUUCUCCAUCGUCAAUUCUGUGGUGGUCGUCUUCUUCCUGUCGGGCAUCCUCAGCAUGAUCAUCAUACGGACCUUGAGGAAGGACAUAGCUAACUACAACCGGGAGGACGAUAUCGAGGACACCAUGGAGGAGUCUGGCUGGAAGAACGUCCACGGGGACGUGUUCAGACCUCCGCAGUAUCCCAUGAUCCUCAGCUCUUUGCUGGGCUCCGGCAUACAGCUGUUCUGCAUGAUCCUCAUCGUUAUCUUUGUGGCCAUGUUGGGGAUGCUGUCUCCUUCAAGUCGAGGAGCCCUGAUGACCACUUCCUGCUUCCUGUUCAUGUUCAUGGGUGUGUUUGGCGGAUACUUCGCUGGCAGGCUCUACCGCACGCUGAAGGGCCAUCGGUGGAAGAAAGGCGCGUUCUGUACGGCGACUUUGUACCCUGCUGCCGUGGCCUCCAUCUGCUUUGUCCUCAACUGUUUCAUCUGGGGGGAGCGUUCGUCUGGAGCGGUCCCGUUUAGCACCAUGCUGGCUCUGCUCUGUAUGUGGUUUGGGAUCUCCAUGCCUCUGGUCUACCUGGGCUAUUACUUCGGCUUCCGCAAGCAGCCCUACGAUAACCCCGUCCGCACCAACCAGAUUCCACGCCAGGUGCCGGAGCAGCGCUGGUAUAUGAACAAGUUUGUGGGAAUCCUGAUGGCUGGAAUCCUGCCCUUUGGUGCUAUGUUCAUUGAGCUUUUCUUCAUCUUUAGUGCCAUCUGGGAGAACCAGUUCUACUACCUGUUUGGUUUCCUUUUCCUGGUCUUCAUCAUCCUGGUGGUGUCAUGCUCCCAGAUCAGUAUCGUAAUGGUCUACUUUCAGUUGUGUGCAGAGGACUAUCGAUGGUGGUGGAGAACCUUCCUGGUGUCUGGGGGCUCUGCCUUCUACGUCCUCAUCUACGCCAUCUUCUACUUUGUCAACAAGCUGGACAUUGUCGAGGUCAUCCCAUCUCUGCUGUACUUCGGCUACACUGCCCUCAUGGUCCUGUCUUUCUGGCUCCUCACGGGCACAAUCGGAUUUUACGCAGCUUACAUGUUCAUACGGAAGAUCUACGCUGCGGUCAAAAUUGACUGAAUUCUUUUCUGCUGUUGUGUUUUUUUUUGUCGUUUAUUUUGUCCAUCAUUUUUUUUUCCUUUUUAGGGUUUUAUUUUUGGGGUUUUUUAAGUUUUUAUUUUUGUUUAUUCUUUGUCCGGCAAGCACUGAUGUGUCCGUGGAAGGAAUUAAGGAGUUGGAUUUCUGGAACAGUCCUUUCCCCGGCAGAGGGAGAACGGCCAGAUGGUACUGCUGCGCUGUCAACUAGUCUCUUUCUCCUCUUGUUGGAUGUUCACAGACACACACACACAGAAAGAUUUCCUCUGGGACAAUCCAUGUUAUCUACUGUGUUUAACCUUGUAAACAACGUGGGCCAAAGCAUGCCAUUUGAAACGGUCUCUGUAUUUUAGUUUUUGAGUUGGACAGGCCUGGUUGUCUUGGAGGACUGUGCAGUGCAUUGGUUAAGAACCUCAGUCAUGUUUUAAAAUCUGUUCCCUGUAAGAUAUUUUAGUCCCACUUCGACUGUUCUUCUGAUUGUAAAGUAAUUUUUUUUUGUCAUUAUUCCAGAAGUAUGAUGAUAGAAUGGUUGAGAGAUCAUAAGUGGAGUAUUUUGUUUAGCUCACAGAAAUUGUUGGGAAAUGAAAAUGCUCUCUCGUAGCAGGAUAUUAAUAUACAUUUUACUGCAGUUACCGUGUCCUGUAGUGACCGUUUCGACUACAACUAAAAUCAUAAAAUUAAUUUAUCUUCUUGUACACAAUUGUCUCUCACAUUGAGGUAACGGAUUGUCUUAUGUUUCUUAAAGCAAGUAUAUAGGUGUCAUUUCUUUUUUUCACCUUAUAAGUAGGUAAGUUUGGUGUGCUUAAUUUCACUUAGAGGUUGAAAUAUGAGAUGUGGAACAAAACUAAAUGUUGAUGGAAAGUUCUAUUUUUCAUAAUCUAAUCACCUAUAUUACUUCUGGGCAUAGGCUGUUUAUGAUGGUUUUAGACCAUUGCGUUGCAAUUACAAGUCAAUAUAAAACAGUCAACAGUCUCAAAGAAUUAUGCAUUUUUGGAAAAGGAUGAGACCUUUGAGAUCUUUGAAAGGUCAUGUUAAAUUAUUGUCUGUUUAGAAUAUAUAUAUAUUUUAACAUCCAGUUCAGUGUCUGAAACAACUGCAGUUCUAUCAGUGUCUGUUACAAGUGAGGGUCGAUGUCUCUUUCGGACUGCCUUAGAAACACCAUUGUAUCACUGAGGAUCUUGUUGGGAGUCCGGUUGUGUUCCCAUUUCGAAGUCAGAUGUUCAACAUUAGUAAUGUGUUUUAGUAGAUCGCCUCGUGUACCUUCUUUAACCUCGUACUGUCUGAACCAGCCGAUCCUUCCCUGGGCUCUCUCGUUUUGGUCACCAGUUAGACGUCUUCGGUCCCGUGUUCCCCACCUACUUCUGGCUGAAGACCGGGGUUCCCUCAAUGCUGAGACUGUAAUGAACCUCCUGUCUGUUUGUACGCUAGCGUUCAAAUGGGAGGCGGAGUGUGCCGUGGUGAGGAGUCAGUACAUUACUCCUCACCACGUGAGGAGACCUUCCUGUCAUGGAUAGACGUUAUUCUCAUGUACUUCAUUCCGUGGGCAUGGCCCGGAUUCAGUCCUGGUCUCGACAUCGUUCUGAUUGUAGGAUUGCUGUUUAACAGGUUUUAUUACAGGAAGCUGUUUAAGUCCAGAACCUUAUUUACCCUCCUGUUUGUUUGCCAAUUGUUCCUUGUUUAAGAGCGUCACAAGCCAAAUUGUGAACAGAUAUCCUGAUGGGGGUGCGCGCGCUUCUUGUGUAGGCUGUCCAAUAUGGCGCCAAAAUGUCCAAACUGGACAAGACCGGCACUGAGAGACAUUUUCCACGGGAAAGGGAAAUAUCUCUCUCCAAUCCCCCUCAGACCUUUAUCACUCUGCCUCGUGGGUCCUUCUGUCAUUCAUCUUCACAGCAUCAUGUUGCUCUUUUCCUGGGCACUUAGUGUCCGAAGGUUUUCCUGUGCCAACCACUCACGAUUGGAGUCAGGCCCAAUUGGGCCCUACAAAUAGCCCUGGAGAGAUUUUCUAGAGGUUCUUUUGACUGACUCGAGCUGUGUAUGUGUGAAUGGGUCUCUACUACGUCUGUAAAUACAAUGCUUUGUGUCGCCGUCAUCAGGCUGUGACUGAUUGCGAUUGGACCAUGUCGUUGUUUUAGUCCAGAGCAUGAUUUGCGGGAAAUUGUUUAUUUUCCUCUUUUCUUUACAGAAUGUCCAAUUAUAAAAUGUAUGAAACUAUUAAAGUGCUAAUACGUUGACCUUU